UAUAAAAUGAGAAUCACUCACUAUUAGGGUACACUUUUUAAAUGAUUAUAUCAACAUAAUACUACAUAAUUAACAUUUUCUGUUGUUCUCCUUGCAGAUCCUGUCAAACUCAUCACCUGUCCUAUAGCUACACCUGAUUUUUAAAACCCAACGGCACUUUUAAGAGCCAACCUCUAUCUCUUUAUUUUCUAUAUCUUACAUCCUCUCUGUUCUUAAUAUCUAUAUUUCUGUCCAUCUCUUCAAACUUUAUCUGUCUCACAUCUAUUGCUCUUUCUUUUCUCCCGGUCUGUCUUUGUCUACCUGUCUUACCCAUCUUUGUCAGUCUGUCUGUCUGUCUGUCUGUCUGUCUGUAUCUGACUGCAUUGCAAUGGCCACCAAGCAUAAACUUGAUUCAAAGGAUCCCCACUACAAAGAGGGGAGACGCAUGGCUCUGGAGCUGAAACAUGAACACAUUUUAGCUGAAGCCAAGAGAGCAGCUGAUGAGAGAAAACGUGUACGAGACCCUCCACACACCUCUAAAAGGGACUCUGUAGGACGUGGUAAGCCGAGGGGAAGGCGAGGAGGGCGACGCCAUGCCUCCGCUACAGCCACAUAUCCCACGUUUGAGUGCUCCCUUUCAUCCAGUGUUGAGGUUCCUUUUACUGCAACCUCAACUAAACUAAAUCCUCAAGAGGAAUUUGAAAAAAAUAUGGAGAGGCUCUCUGACAUUUUGGCGUCAUGUCCUUCUGCUGGUCAGCCUCAAAGUAGCUCUGCAUCAUCAUGGUCUUUUCGGCAACAGAAAGCCUCAGAGCGCUGGAAAGAAGCAAGACCAUACCACCUAAAAUGCCUUAUUUCAAAAGAGGCUGUUGGUCAUCCCCUGUGUGGCCUUUGCAACAAGCCUGCUGUUAUUAGGUGCAGAGAGUGUCUUCCUGAGGAGUGGUUCUGUGGGGACUGUGAUGUAUUGCAUCACAAAAAACAGCCACUCCACAACAGGGAAUGCGUGAUUCGUGGUUUUUUUGAAGCCAUUCCUCCAACCACAUGCAUCAUCAAAGGGGAAGCUGGAUUUUGCACCCAUGAGCAAGCUUGCAUUUUGCCAACUGUGAAGAUGCCAGACUGCUCCUGUGGAGGCACAAACUUCACUGUCUUACCAGGCAAACCAGUGAUUUUAAUUACCAUCAAUGGGCGUUUUGACUUGCAUCAGCCACUGUAUGAAUGUCAAACAUGCCAGCAGCAAUGGACCCCUGACUUUAAAGACCUCCUAAGAAGUGGAUAUUGGCCAGCCUCCAUCACCAAUUCCACACUUUAUACCCUGGACCUCUUGAGCUCCCUUCAGGAACUCAAGAUCAUAUCUCCGGGAUUCUCCAGACAAGCCUUCGCAAAGCUGCUGGAGCAUCGGACUAAGUGUGGAGGAAGAUCUGGACCUAUCAACGGCGAUGCACUGCAGCGCAGCUUUUUAGAGCUUUCGUAUGCAUCAUUUGAGGAAGACCAGCUCUGCUGUGGUGCUCCUUUCACCUGCCCAGCCUGCACACCAGAAAUGUUGGCUGUUUCAGCAGAUGGAAAUAGAAAGCUAUAUCGCUUUCGCCGAAACGGAAGCUCUGAUGAUCCUGGCUUUUUUGAGGGGCUCUUUGUGGCUGAAGACAGUGUGGUGUCUAGAUUUGUCGACACCAUACAGAAAGCAGUGAAAAAUACACAGGGAAGAGGCACAUGUGGGGACUCCCAAUGGACAGCAGCGAGGGAAUCUUCAAGGAGGGCUUCAAAAUUGGACGAAGAGGGGAUGGAGGUUGCUGUGUGUCGUCAUGGGUUCCUUUUGAAAGCCCUUAAUAUGUACAGGGGAGAGAUAUUUGCCUACCCUCUGUACCUUCAAAAGGAGCUCAUGCCAGCCAAGGCACAAUUCUUCGCAAUGGAUGUGGCAUGCAAAUACUGGCCAUACCUGGAGAAAGUUGCUAGUGUCCUUCCUGCUCUUCAGGAGCUGACCACUAUGAAACCCUUUCUCAGUGUAAUGCAUGCUCGAGCCCAUGCUACUAAGUGUGAGAUUAAUUGGAGUGGCAGGAACCAGGAAGGAGCAGGGACAACCGCUGGUGAGGAGGUGGAGCAAGUGAACAGUUACCUUUCACGUUGUGCCCUGACGACCAAAUACAUGUCAAAAGCAGCACGGGUGGACAUGCUUACAUUGCAUGCAAUGGGGUGGAACGAGAAAAAAAAUCUCUCUUUACAUCAGGCACUUUCCACAAGAUAUGUGAAGGUAAGUCUCUUAUUAAUUGUUUUGUGUGUCCAGGAAUGGGCAGCUGGUGGUAAGCAUGACCAGAUAAAAGAAACAACAAACAUUCCUUUCUACCAUCUACAUUUUAUGUUUGAUAUUAAAGAGCAGAAAAAAUAG